AUGCGUCGUCGAGUCGCGGCUCUGCUCGGGGCGGCGUCUCUGCUCGCUCCCCAACUCGUCGCCGCCGACCCGUACACUCCCAAGCACGAGCCGGGGAGAUGCGCAUUCAGGGGCCAGUGCGGAAAGCAGAGCUUCUUCGGCAAAGAGCUACCGUGCGUCGACAAUGGCGCCGCUACGGAUCCAGAUGCGGAGCUCCGGAAGGAGCUCGUCGACCUCUGCGGUAGCGAAUGGAGCGAAGGCCCGGUCUGCUGUACCAUCGAGCAGGUCAAGGCGCUCAAGUCUGAGAUGGGGACGCCAAAUACCCUCAUCGGCUCGUGUCCAGCAUGCAAGCACAACUUCUUCAACCUCUUUUGCAAGUUCACUUGCUCGCCCGACCAAUCCAUCUUCAUAAACAUCACCGACGCCGCCUCCAAGAAUGGGAAGCAGCUCGUGACGGAGCUCGACCAGCUCAUUUCAAAGGAAUACGGCACCGGCCUCUACAACAGCUGCAAGGAAGUCAAGUUUGGCGGCGCCAACAGCCGAGCCAUGGACUUGAUUGGAGGCGGCGCGAAAAACUACCAUGAGAUGCUCAAGUUCCUGGGCGACAAGAAGCCUCUCGUUGGAUCGCCCUUCCAAAUCAACUUUCCCAACUCGACGAGCGACUCGAACAUGGGCCCCUUGGAUAUGAAACCGAAGCAGUGUAAUGAUGAGGACCCCGACUAUCGCUGCGUCUGCGUCGACUGCCCCGAAGUCUGCCCCAAGCUGCCAGCUGUGAAGCGCUCCGGCUCCUGCCGCGUGGGCGUGCUCCCGUGCCUCUCCUUUGCCUCUAUUUUCACCUAUGGCAUGUUGCUGCUUGCCGUUGCGGUGUUUGUGUUUGGGCACGUCGCAUGGAAGAAAUACGCGCAACAUCGUGUCGAGCGCACGAGGCUCCUCCACGAAUCAUCUCUGAGCGACGAUGAGGAUGAGGGUGGCCCAGUUCUGACUGAGGCGAUGCGCGACCGCCCUACCAGACGGUACUGGCUCAACGACCGAUGCGACAAGCUCUUCUAUCAGCUUGGCCACGCCGCCGCCCGCUUCCCUGGCCUCACCAUUCUGACAAGCUUCGUGGUGGUGGCCAUUCUCAGCGCUGGAUGGUUCAGGUUUGACCUGGAAAAGGAGCCUGCCCGUCUUUGGGUCAGCCCGACCUCUGCCGCUGCCCAGGAGAAGCACUACUUUGAUUCCAACUUUGGUCCGUUUUACCGUGCUGAAAAGAUUUUCCUCGUCAACGAUACUACGGCCGCCGGACCCAGCCCUGUUUUGAGCUAUGACACGCUGAAGUGGUGGGCGGACGUCGAGAAGAGCAUUGAAAAGAUCCAGAGCCCGACCUUCGGCGACUUUCUCCACGACCUUUGCUUCAAGCCGGUCAACGACGCUUGUGUAGUACAGUCGGUCACAGGCUAUUGGUGGGCCAAGGGAAGCAUCGGAAAGAACACAUGGAAGCAGGAUCUUCGGAGCUGCGCCAAGUCCCCGGUCGACUGCAGGCCGGAGUUUGGACAGCCAAUAGAGCCGGACAUGGUUCUUGGAAGUUAUGGAGACGACGUUGCUGAUGCCCCAGCGAUCACCACCACCUGGGUCGUCAGGAAUGCCGAGGAAGGAACCGCGGCUUUGGCACGAGCCAUCGACUGGGAGAAUGCUCUUCGCGAUCGACUCCUCGAGGUUCAAGAAGAAGCCAAGGGCCGAGGCCUUCGGCUGUCGUUCAACACCGAGAUCAGCCUCGAGCAAGAACUCAACAAGUCGACAAACACGGAUGCCAAGAUCAUCGUGGUGAGCUACAUUGUCAUGUUCAUCUACGCUUGCAUGGCUCUAGGGACUCCUUUCAAGCACAUUUUCAGGAACCCGGCGUUGCUUCUUGUCGAGUCCAAGGUCACUCUGGGUCUCGUCGGCAUCAUCAUUGUUUUGAUGUCCAUCACUGCGUCCAUUGGCUUCUUCUCCUGGGUAGGGCUCAAAGCCACUCUCAUCAUCGUCGAGGUCAUUCCUUUCAUUGUCCUGGCCGUCGGCGUCGACAAUAUCUUCCUCAUCGUCCAUGAGCUGGAGCGGGUCAACGUUAGCUGCCCUGACCAGAUGGUCGAAGAGCGUGUGGCUCGUGCCGUCGGUCGCAUGGGCCCGUCGAUCCUAUUCUCCGCCCUGACCGAGACCGUUGCCUUUGCCCUCGGUUCGGCCGUUGGCAUGCCGGCUGUUCGAAACUUCGCCGCGUAUGCCGCAGGUGCAGUUCUCGUCAACGCUGUUCUGCAGAUGACGAUGUUUGUGUCGUUUCUGGCACUCAACCAGAUGCGCGUGGAGGAUCAUCGCUGCGAGCUUUGGCCCUUCUGGCAGGUCACCAAGGCACGGGUGCAUCUCAACGGCGGAAACGGAUUCAUCCCCGGCGGCCGGGGCUCUGAUUCCGACGAGGAGAGCUUGUUGCAAGUUUUCAUCAAAAACACGUACGCCCCAAGUCUCUUCGGAAAGAAGGUCAAGCUGGGGGUUGUCACCAUCUUUUUGGGUGUGUUUGCCGCUGCGUUGGCACUUCUGCCGAAGAUUCAGCUUGGCCUGGACCAGCGCGUGGCCAUUCCUGACGGAUCGUACCUGAUUCCGUAUUUCAACGACCUGUACGACUACAUGGAGGUCGGGCCUCCUGUUUACUUUGUGACGAGAGGCGUGGACGCAUCGCAGCGGACAGAGCAGCAGGAGCUCUGCUCGCGCUUCACGACGUGCCAGUCUCUUUCGUUGACGAAUACGCUUGAGCUCGAAAGACAGCGACCCGACAUCUCGUUCAUCUCAUCACCUACGGCAAGCUGGAUUGACGACUUCUUCCUGUGGCUCAACCCAAUCUAUGAACGCUGCUGCAUCGAGAAUGGCAAGACUUGUUUUGCGGGCCGUGAGCCGGCAUGGAACACCACGCUCUCGGGCAUGCCAGAGAACCAAGAGUUCAUUCACUACCUCGAGAAGUUCCUGACUGCCCCUGCGGACGACGAAUGCCCACUGGGCGGCCAGGCUGCGUACGGAGACGCGGUCGUGAUCAACGAUGCGGAUAAUAGCGUCAAGGCCACCAAUUUCCGUUCUGCGCACACGCCUCUCCGGAGCCAAGACGACUUCAUCAACGCCUACUCAUCAGCUCGCCGUAUCGCAGCAGACAUUAAGGAGCGGACCGGGGCCGAUGUCUUCCCAUACAGCGUCUUCUACAUCUUCUUUGACCAGUACCUCAGCAUUAUCCCGCUGACCGCAGGACUCCUCUGCGCCGCGGUUGGCAUCAUCUUCGUCGUGGCUUCUCUGCUGCUAGGAUCCGUGUUGACCUCGGCUGUCGUUGCCAUUACGGUCAUUAUGAGUGUCAUCGACAUCAUGGGGGCCAUGGCGGUGUUCAACGUCUCCCUGAACGCCGUGUCGCUGGUCAACCUCAUUAUCUGUGUCGGCAUAUCAGUCGAGUUUUGUGCGCAUAUUGCGCGUGCCUUCAUGUUUCCGUCUCGGACAGUCAUGGAGAGCAACAACAACGCGCUCCGCGGCCGUGACGCCCGGGCUUGGACCGCCCUGGUCAAUGUGGGCGGAUCCGUCUUCUCCGGCAUCACCAUCACCAAGCUGCUGGGCGUUUGUGUCCUUGCCUUUACGCGCUCCAAGAUCUUUGAGAUCUACUACUUCCGCGUGUGGCUGGCGCUGGUCGUCUUUGCGGCGCUGCACGCGCUCGUAUUUUUGCCUGUGGCGCUGAGCAUCGCGGGCGGGAGCGGUUACGUCGACCCGGAGAGCGAAGGGACGGCGGCGCAGGACCUGACUGAUCGCAGAUGGCGGGCCAUCCGGAUCCACGACCAUAGCGACUCUGAGGACGAGUAUUAG